UUACUUUGAGGUUAUGUUUUUUUUUUUGACAACGAAUGAAAUUUGUACAUGGGAAAUUGGUAAAACUCUCCGAUGCAUAAUAGGUCAAAUGCAACAGUGACCUGCCAAUUUUUAUUCAUUUGAUCAUAAAUAGUUAUGUAAUACAUAUUGAUUUGUUGUGUGUGCUAAAGUAGUCGUUGAAGCCGUGUAAAUCAUCACAAAAAGCUUUUGAAUCGAAGCCUAACAUUGUUAAUUGCAAGUUUAUUGUAUGUAGCAGACGAUGUCCGUCCCGGAUAACACAAGGAUUGGAGAUGAGGAAGAAGUUGACUCCCUUAACAAUGGGCACCUCCACCCAGACUAUCUUCUCCAGCCUUGCAAGAAGACAGAGUUUGAUCAGCUGUACCAGUACACGAGACCACGGAAACCAGCACUUCGCAAGAGGUUGGUCAAGACGAACCGCUGCCAGCCCCGAAAAUUUGUGGUGUCACUGUUCCCCAUCCUGAGCUGGCUGCCUGAGUACACUUGGAAGAAAAACCUCAUACGGGACAUCAUUUCGGGCUUCACCGUCGCGAUCAUGCACAUACCCCAAGGCAUGGCAUAUGCAAUGCUGGGUGGUGUGCCUCCCGUAGUCGGGAUAUACAUGGCGUUCUUCCCAGUCUUGAUAUAUUUCCUCAUGGGAACAUCAAGGCAUGUGUCAAUGGGAACGUUUGCGGUGGUGUGCAUGAUGACGAGCAAGUCGGUGCUCCUGUACUCCACCCCGGAGGUGCCGCCCCCCGUGGCCAACUCCUCCCUGGCUGACUUCGGGAACGGUACCGCGGCGGCAGCAGUGGCGGCCGUGACCAACUCCUCGUCCGGGCUGUACACCCCUGUGCAGGUGGCCACGGCAGUCUGCUUCAUGGUGGGGAUGUGGCAGGUGGCCCUGGGCGUGCUGAGGCUGGGCGUCGUGAGCGUGCUGCUGUCUGACACGCUCGUCAGCGGCUUCACCACGGGCGCGGCCGUGCACGUGUUCACCUCGCAGGUGUCCAACCUGCUGGGCAUCAAGACGCGCAGACACAGCGGCGCACUAAAGUUAGUGUAUACAUACAUUGACAUCUUCAAGAACAUUCAGUCUGCAAACGUGGCCGCCAUCGUAAUAUCGGCAGUCAGCAUCACCAUUCUGGGUUUCUACAACGAAGUCAUCAAGCCCCGCAUCAACAAGAAGCUUCCCAUGCCGUUGCCAGUGGAGCUGAUGGCUGUUAUAGCCGGCACGCUGGCCUCCAUGUUCCUACACCUGCAGGAAGAGUACAGCGUGAGGACAGUUGGCAACAUACCGACAGGUUUACCACUGCCUGAAGCACCUCCGUUUGCACUGUUGCCGAACUUGGUAAUAGACGGCCUGAUCAUAGCAAUCGUCGCAUUCUCAGUCAACCUGUCAAUGGCUUCCAUUUUUGCACGAAAGCACAACUAUCCUGUUGAUGCAAACCAAGAACUACUUGCGUCCGGAUGUGCCAACAUAUUUGGCUCGUUCUUCUCAUGCAUCCCGUUCGCAGCAUCGCUGUCUCGCAGCCUGAUCCAGGAGACGGUGGGCGGGGUGACGCAGUUGGCGAGCGUGGUGUCGUGCUUGUUGCUGCUGCUUGUGCUGCUGCUCAUUGGCCCGUUCUUCGAGCCACUGCCCAACAGCGUGCUGGCGUCCAUCGUGGUGGUGGCGCUGAAGGGCAUGUUCAUGCAGAUGAGGGAAGUGCCCGGCGCCUGGCGGCUCUCCCCCGCCGACGGCCUCGUCUGGGUGACCACCUUCCUGUGCGUGGUGCUGCUCGACAUAGACUACGGCCUGGGGGCGGGCAUGGCCCUCUCCCUGCUGUGCGUGCUGGUCAUGGGCCAGCGGCCCAAGGUCUUCCGGCUGGGGCACGUGCCCUCCACCAACAUCUACCUGGACGUCAACCGCUACCAGGCGGCAGAAGAGGUGCCGGGUGUGGUCAUACUGCAGAUAGCUGGCGGACUGCACUUCGCGAACAAGGAGCGUGUGCUCCACAAGAUCUACCAGCUGGUUGGAGACCUACCACCCGUCAAGUCUAAGAAAUCACCUAUAGUUAAGAACACUGCGGGCAAUGAAAGUUCAAAAGAUAAAAAAGUGGAUCAACUAUUGGAUAAACAGGUGUCGUGCGUCGUGCUGGACAUGAUGGCAGUCGCCUUCGUCGACCCGUCGGCGGUGCGCGCGCUGCUCCUGCUGCACAAGGACCUGUCCAGCCGCGGGGUCCUGUUCUGCCUGGCCGACUGCUCGGCCACGGUGUACGAGAAGCUGAUCCACUGCGACUUCUUUUUCGACUUCUCGGACUCGUUCCUGUUUGCGACGGUUCACGAUGCUGUCCAGUACGCGUUGUUGGAAAAAGACGCGUGAUUUUGAAGGUGUAUAGUUUGGUUAAGGAAGGUGGGACUUGCUACUUAAACCAUUAUGUAGUUAAAUUCAUAGUAUAUAUUUUUUAUGCAAAACAUGUGGAAUUGUUGAAUUCAAUUGCAAAAUAUUAAUGUAACAUUUACUUAACUUCUUUUAUUUUUAAUUAUUUGUAAUACUUUUUUAUUUCAGUAAUUUUUUUGGAUGACAUUGUACUUAGUUUUUUUUUUUUUUUUUAUGAAUUGCAAGCACACCUGUACUUUAGUCCUUGGUUGUGUACAUGUUCUCUUUUAAUAAGCUACAUUAUUCCUCAAGAGACAAAAACUCUAUAGAUACUUUAUUUUGGCUGCAAAAAAAUUGUCAAAAAAAAAUUAUUUUCAUUGUUUAGCUAAGCAUCUAUCAGUGCAGUUAUUUGAAGAUUAUGCAAGUAUGUUUAUUUUCAAAAUAAUUGUGGAGUUUAGACUAACAUUAGAAAUUUUAAAAUUAAAAUGUUGUAAAAUUAUUCCUUAUAACUAGUGAUGGGCCGAGACUCGAAAAUUCGAGUCGAGUCGAGCGAGUAGCAUCAGCUCGGCUCGGCUCGGCAUUCGAGUUUAUUUUACUCGACGGGGCGAAACUCGAAAGGAAAUUCGGGUAAAACUCUAUGAUAAAAUAUAAUAAAAUUGAAUUACAAUAAA